GACAUCUGUGAUGCCACCACUGCUCCCAGGAGCCCACAGGACCUGGAGCUCUGGAAGCUGAUCUCCUCCCACUGCACCAGCCAGCAGGUUCAUGUUCGAGGCCAUCUUCCCCUCCACACCCCAAGCCAGGCUGAAGAGAGAUCCACGGGAAAAGCCGGGCCUGUCCUCAUUCAGGUCCACAUUCAGGCAACAAAGCUCACUUGGUCUUUGCAUCCCACGCCUCGUGUUACCUAAGGAGGCCAGCCCAUCUGAGAGGCACAGUUCAAUGUCCAGCUCGAUGGCCAGGGCCCUGGUGCUCCUCCAGAGCAUGGCCAGCCGGGACGCCCGGUGCCCAGAAUGGAAACUGCACCAAAAGCCACACACGCUCAGCAAGUCGGUCCAGACCAUCAGCCGCUACUACAGGAAGACGAGUGAACCCAAGGAUGCCGCCAGCCUCACCGGCUUCAUGUCCAAAAUGGAACUUCGAAGGGUCUUCCCCACGCGUCCUGACUGCCCCCAGUUCAGCAGCAGGGCCACAUCCAUGUCCCACUGUGGUUCACCCACUGAGGCCGAUUUGUCCGGAGAGAUUGACAACAGCUCGGAGACCUGGAGAGGCACCCAGGACCUGUUCUUGGCCAGGCGGGGCUCAGACACGAACGUGGACGGGUACCUCCUUCCCUUCAGUAAAAGCAUCUGCGAGUUCGAUUACUUGCGGACGAGGAGAAAAUCCCAGACUUUGAGUCCGGUCACCAGCAGCUCAGUCGCAUCUCAGAGCUGCCCGAGAAAGAGGAUGCCCUGGUACCUCUCAGUCAUCCACGAGAAGGAUCACUGCCUGUCUGAGCUGGAGAUACAGGUUCAGAAGAAAGACAGGGAGAUCCUGCUGCUCCAGGAGGAGAGGGAGGCCCUGAAGACGCAGCUGAAAUGCCUUCUGAAAGGCAAAGGCCAAGAGACAUCCAUGUCCCCAGGCAGGAGGGAGCAGAUCUUAGACGCUUCGCUGAAGCCGGGCAGGCUGAGCCUCCUGAAGGCCUUCUCCAGACAUGAGGAGGAGCUGCAGCACUGGUGGCAGAUGCAGGAGGAGUCUGCGGCACCGGAGAGGGGCAAGGAGCCCGACCUGGGAGGUGGCGAGGAGGACCAGGGCCUGGAAGGGGAGCCCGAUGGGGUGGAGGACGCGGGUGCCAGGGGAGGUGUGAGCCAGAUGGGAUCCGUGCAUGAGGAGGGAAGCGAGGAGGAGGAAGAGGAGGAAGGGGAGAAGGAUGAGGACUCAGAGGAAAGGGAGCUGCCGGAGGAAGAGGGGAUCCUCAGGAGAAGGGCCUCCUCCCUGGCCGAGUCGUUUGAGGAGGAGCUGCUGGCCCAGCUGGAGGAGUACGAGCGGGUCAUCCUGGACUUCCAGUCCGACCUGGAGGCCACCAGGACCAGAUACUCCCUUGCAACAGGAGUGAUUGCGUCUUUACAACAACAAGUGGAUUUCCAAGAAACCCAGCUGCGAAAGAUCAAUACGGAAAAUGAGACGCUGCAGAAGGAGCUCCGAGAGCGGAGGCAGCAGCUACAAGCCAUGACCGACAAGUUCUCCAACCUCCGAGAAGAUAAGAAACACCAAGAGAUGAUGGGGCUCAUUGAAAAGGACAACCAGCUCCUCCGACAGGUGACAGCCUGGGUGUCGUUAAAUGAUCAGCCAGGCCACUGUUCUUGCUUGUCGGAACUGGAGAGAAAGCUCACCAAGCGGGACCGCGUCAUCUCAGAGUUGGACACCAAGGUCAGCCAGCUGCAGGAGCAGGUGGAACUGGACCAGAACCACCUGCAGAGGUGGAAGCAGCUGCAGGAGGAUUUGCAGAGCAAGAAGGAGAUGAUUCAGCAGGCAGAGCAGCACACCCGCGUGGCCCUGGAGAGCUCCCAGUCCAGGCUCGAGAGGUUAAGGAAUAACAUCAUCCAGGCCACCUUUAGCAUCUCCGGGACCAAGUCCUUGGCCAACGAGAUCUCUGACAAUGACAUCCUGGAAGCCCUGCAGAGAAUUAUCUCAGAGAGAAGCGACUACUAUAAUCAGCUGAAGCAGAAAGGCGUCAAAGUGCCCCCCCUGCAACAGUCAGAGGCCUUCCUGACCAGCAAAUCCAAGAAGGGGACCUCCAAGUAGGCCCAGCCAGGCCCCCAAAUACGGUCAGCCCAGCAGAGGCCGGGGCCCAGCUCCAGAACCACCCACCCCCACCAUGCGUCCUGCUCUCAGACUCAGAAUUAAACCCCGUUGUUGGCACUGUC